GCUGUUUGAAAAGUCCGCUCUCGAGGCUCAUUCGCGGGAGGAAGCCUCAGCGCGCGGUUGGUGCGCUCCGCUCCGCUGGCGGCCGUUGUUUGCGGGGAUGGUCCGGACGAAGGCGGACUGCGGCGGGACCGGAGGAGCCUACCGCAAAGUUGUAGCUGCCCGGGCUCCACGGAAAGUGCUUGGCUCUGGUAGUGCUAAUGUAAGUUCGUCUCCUACAUCACGGAAAGCUGAGAGUAAAUAUGCUGGCGGCAAUCCAGUGUGUGUGAGGCCGACACCGCCGUGGCAAAAAGGAAUAGGAGAAUUCUUCACACAGUCCCCAAAGCACUCAGAGAAGGAGAACCACAGUUCAGACGACGAAGCAGGAUGCAGUGGAAUAGGAACAAGUAGAUAGCGUGUUCCCUGCUUCCCUAUUGCAGCACAAAUCAGCUUUGGAAGAUGACCAAACGGGACCCAGUCUCACCUCUUGCUGGCGGACCUUGCCAUGCUCCGUACCUUAUAAUGACAUUGUGUGUAACUCUGUAUAUAUUCUGAAUGUUUGCUUUGAAUAUAAAGGGCUUUACGAAAGUCCAGCUAGGCUGUUUUGUUGUACCAAACGACCCGAAACUUGAAUGACUGUUUAAAGGGAAUUGAAACCAGUAUUUCCUAAGCGCUUAACUACCAAUAAGCAUAACAAUGCUUGGUAAAUCAGGAGUUUUAUAUUAAAUGCAAUUUACUUCUUUAUGCACUUCCUUAAAAUCUUGUGCCCUAUGACUGUUAAUAAAAAAAAGUUUGUUAAAAAUAAAUAAAUAUGUGUUUGUAUUAA